GGAUCAGCGGAAACCAUACUUCGCCUGGAAAGACCCGUAGCUCAGCCUCAAGGGUAGCUAGACACAUCGACCUAGGAGCCAGCCCUGGGAUAAGAACAGAAGAACAGAGACCCCGCAAGCAGCCACGUGCGGACAUGCCGGGCGAACAUGACCAGACCUCCCGUGGCGACCUCAAUUCGCCUGCUGGCACUGACAGCUCGAACUAUCACGCCGUGCAAGCCAGAAGUAUCAUUGAAGUGGUGCUUGAUGACUGUCGACAUAUCAGCCAUGAACAGCAGUCUGUUCUCAAGGCCGCGCUCGAUCUAGUCAGUCAGAUGGCAGACGCGGCGCCGGUGGAGUCAAGCACAUCUGCCGAGGAAGGGUUUUCUGUGGAUCCCAGCAUUGCAGUUCCAGAAGCCCCGCCCCAAGAGCUGCUCUUCAUGCUGCUUCCUGGGUCGACAAGUAGGGAAGGUUAUCAGUGGCCCGAUCAUAUCUCCGAAGAGUCAUUUGAAAAAAUGGCUGCCGAGGUACUCGACGAAAACUGCAAGGGCCAGGUGUUCCACCGACUCUCCGUCUGCAUCUAUGUCAAGGCAAUAUUCCACUUUUUCAACUUGGCCAGGAGCACAACCAGCUCCACGCUGAAACGGCGGCUCUUUCAAUCCGCCUCCACCUACAUAGUUGCAGCCGUGCAGAGCAUUCACAAACUUGACAUCCUCGCUCCUCCCAGCCUUCUUUUUAUACAGGCUCUACUAUCCAGUGCCCUACUGAUGCAACAUCUUGGUAGAGUCAACCAGUGCUGGAUACUCAACUCGUAUUGCGCUCGUCAAAUCACAGCGCUCGGCUACCACAGGACCCAAGACAUUCCCUCUCCCUCCGUGGUGCAGAAAGACAUUCAGAAUGCGUUGUUGUGGUGCUUUUUCCUCGAUAAAUCCCUUAGUUCCCUGAUGGGCCGACCCACCUCUUUGCCGGACCUUCUUGUUCCUCCCACAGAUCUCGUCGGCUUCGACUCCUCGCUACCAUAUGGCUCCCUCUUUCGGACCUGUCUUGAGAUCGCUCAGAUCCAAGGCGAACUACUCUCCAUACCCGCUCAUGAAAAGCGCAAAUCAAAUCGACAAAUCAUGGAAGUCAUCGACAGUCUCGAGACUAGGAUGCGACGACUCCUUCCAGACUUGCAUGGCAACCGCAGCUCGCUCCACAGACCCAUAGAGCUGGACUGGAUCGGUGCCGACUUCUGCUACUAUGCCGUGCUCGUGGAGAUCUACCGGACCCGGCUGCGGUGCUCCUUCAGUCCGAUGGUCCACAAGGAGACCCUGCUCUGCGCGCGACGAUCGCUGGAAGCGUUCCAGUACCUCCAGCAGCACCACGCCGAAAUGCCGGGGUUCAACGACCCAUAUCCGUCGUUUCUCACAUGGACCUUACUCUUCUACCCACUAAGCCCCUUCUUCGUUCUCUUCUGCAACAUCAUCGGCUCCCUCGAUCGAUCCGAUUACGACCUGGUGCAAAGUAUCGUCCAAACCCUGUCGCAGUGUAAGCAUGACCCGCACCUCCAGAAACUCCUCGACCUCUUGACGUCCCUUGCGCGACUAUGCGAGCCGCUGUUCCAGACUCCAGAUGCUGGGGCUGUACCACAGGGGGUUGGGGCUGGCACCGCCGAGGGUCGCCUUCCAUCGACGCCAGCAGUGGCCCGCGCCACGAAUGGGGCCAUGGAAACAGGCCAUCUCUCUACCCACGAGGGCUUCGUAGCGCACGGCAUGAGCCAAGAGGCUUCCGGGAUCGUGGAUCCGGGAAGCAGCGCGUCGAGCGACUGGCUUAUGUGGCAGCUGUUCAAUACGCAGAUGCCGCUGGGCUGGAUGAAUCCUGAGUUCGCGGCGUACGGGCUCAAUUAGGGGUGUGAGG